UCUUGUCAACCUCUGAUGAUGUCACACACAGAAGCACUGAGUGCUUUGUUAAAAAGCCAAGCUGAACUUCAAGGUGCGGUACAAGAAUUAGUAAAAAAAAUUGCUAAAGACGUGGCUAGUACACGGCCACCCGCUGCAGUCCUAACUAAGUUAUCGGGUGAGGAUGAUGUGGAAGCCUACUUGGAGCUUUUCGAGCGCACUGCGGCCCGGGAGAAGUGGCCGGUAGCUGAAUGGGGAUCCAUUCUGGCACCUUUCCUCACUGGAGAAGCCCAGCGGGUGUGUAGCGACCUGGCAUUGGCGGAUGCUCAAGACUUUAAGAAACUAAAGAAAGCCAUUCUAGACAGCCAAGGGUGCAGUCUGCCUGCCAGGGCCCAGCAAUAUCACAACUGGACCUUCCAGCCCACACAACCCCCGCGACAGCAGGUAGCUGCACUGCUCCGCCUAACACACCGCUGGCUAACGACCGAAGGGAACCCCCCCUCUGUAGAUAGACUGGUGAUAGACCGCUGUAUCCGAGCCUUGCCGCCUGAUGCCCGGAAGUAUGCCGCACAAGUAAGCCCUUUAACUGUGGAGCAGUUGGUGGCGUUAUUAGAGAACUACCAAGUGAGCAUGGAAAUGCUGAGAGCCACCCGUAUGGAAACGGCCAGAGCCACCGGGGAAGAGAAGCUAGGGCGCGACCGCCGAAGAGCGCCACCGCCAGCUCCGUCCCCACCCCGACCUCAGGGCGCUGCCCCCGAGAGACCCAGUCGGGCCCCACAUCGGAAAUGUUAUGUGUGUGGACACCCGGACCACAUGUCUUGGGCGUGCCCGGAACGCGACCGUGAUGUCUCCAUGGCCACAGCCCCCAGCUCAGAUGCAGGAAAACCAUGCCUCCACACGGGGCGUGGACGACGACAGCAUGCAAGCCUUCCAGUGAAGAUCGGGGGGACCGAUGCACAUGCAUUGCUGGACAGUGGGAGCGCCGUGACCCUGGUACAUGUUGACCUGGCCGGACCCCUCAGCGAAGACACUGUUCCAGUGACGUGUGUACAUGGAGAUGUCCGCCAGUAUCCGGUGAGCCAUAUACACGUUCAGACACCCCGAGGGAAUGCACUGGUAGCAGCUGGAGUGGUACCAAACCUGCCUGUUCCCCUACUCAUCGGGUCCGACUGUGUUCUCUUUGGCCGCUACUGGACCCCAAGCUACAUUCCAAGUGCCGCUCCACGGCAGCGUCGCAACAAUGGACUCAAAAAUAUGAGACCGCUUGCAGCCUGCCCCGCGUUUAGGCCCUCGUCAGAGGCUCCAUGGAGUGACAGCUCGGCUGAAGAGGAGCGACGGGAGAGCAGGAAGGAGGAGGAGGAGGCAGAAGAGGAAGGGGACCCCUUUGUGGAGUUCCCCGUACCAGAAGAGAGCAUCAACCAAAAAACGGGCGAGUUUGCCACUGCCCAGUGGAAAGAUCAGAACCUCAGCUGGGCCCGACAGCAAGUCGUGGAAAUUGACGGACAGAAAUGUGAAGGGGUGAGUGCACUUAAUUCACCGUAUUUUCUGAUAAAAAAUGGCCUUCUGUAUAGAGGGGUGCUAACAAAGGGCAGGGACAUAAUUGAGCAACUGCUGGUGCCUAAGUCUUAUAUCUCCCGAGUGCUUUAUCUUGCCCACACUCAUCAGCUGGGAGCUCACCUAGGUGUACAAAAGACGUAUGACCGCAUAAUAACCCGCUUCUAUUGGCCCGGUGUGAAACGAGCCAUAGAAGACUUUUGCAAGGGCUGUCCCGAAUGCCAAAAGAAUGCACCGAGACCCACCUAUCGAAACCCCUUGGUCCCGCUCCCCAUCAUCAGCACCCCAUUCUCACGUCUGGCAAUGGACAUCGUUGGACCACUCCCAAAGUCAGCCAGAGGACAUCGCUACAUACUGGUAAUACUAGACUAUGCCACCCGAUAUCCUGAGGCUGUACCAUUACGCACAGCCUCAGCCAAAGCGAUCGCACAUGAACUGUUUAUGAUGUUUAGCCGAGUGGGAAUUGCCGAUGAGAUUUUAACGGACCAGGGCACAUGUUUUAUGUCACAAGUGUUAACCAUGCUGUACAAAUGGCUGAAAGUGAAACGCAUACGAACCUCUAUAUAUCAUCCUCAGACAGAUGGCCUGGUGGAACGUUUCAACUGUACGUUGAAGAAGAUGCUAAAAAAAGUAGCCGACGAAGACGGGAAAGACUGGGAUCACCUCAUUCCAUAUGUCCUCUUUGCCAUCAGAGAGGUUCCCCAGGCGUCCACUGGCUUCUCCCCCUUUGAGCUAGUCUACGGCCGACGUCCCCGAGGCGUGCUGGACAUUGCGAAAGAGACCUGGGAGAACCAACCCUCGCCACACCGCAGUGUGAUCGACCAUGUCGCCCAACUACAAGCCCGGGCUCGCAAAAUCUGGCCCAUGGUAAGAGAACAUAUGGAAAAAGCCCAAAGAGAACAGGCGAAAACGUAUAACAGAGGUGCCACACUCCGAGAGUUCCAAGUUGGGGAAAAAGUGCUGGUAUUAGUUCCGUCCGGCGAGUGCAAGUUCUUUGCCAGAUGGCAGGGGCCUUACGAGGUAAUUGAGAGAAUGGGCCCCGUGAACUACAAGGUAAACCAGCCAGGCCGGCGGAAAGGUCACCAAAUUUACCAUGUAAAUAUUCUGAAAAAAUGGCAUGCGGCAGAGCCGUUGCCAUCUACUGCGUUUUUAACUGCACACUCUCCCCAGACCACUCCCCCGGUACCUAUAGGAGAGGACCUCUCCCCGUCCCAAAAGCAGGAGGUGAAGGAACUUCUGGGACGGAACCAGGACCGCCUCUCGGAAUUGCCAGGAAGGACCCAGGCGAUCAAACAUGACAUUGAGACCAAACCCGGAAAGGUGAUAAGACAAAGGCCCUACCGAAUCCCAGAAGCCAGGCGGGCGGCUAUAAAAGAAGAGAGUAGACGAGCUGAUAGAGCGGCUUGGCCCUGCUCUCUUCGUCAGCACCCUGGACCUGACCAAGGGCUACUGGCAGGUGCCAUUGACGGAAAGGGCUAAACCUAAAACGGCCUUCUCCACACCAGAGGGGCUAUUCCAAUAUACCGUCUUGCCUUUCGGGAUCCACGGGGCCCCGGCAACAUUCCAGAGGAUGAUGGACCGAGUUCUACGGCCCCACCAAGAAUACGCAGCCGCCUACCUAGACGAUAUUGUGAUUCACAGCACCAGCUGGUCUCUCCAUCUCCAGCAUCUCGACGCAGUCCUAGGAGCCCUUAGACGUGCCGGACUGACUCAACGCUAAGAAGUGCCGAGUGGGUCUGACUGAGACUGAUUAUCUUGGCUACACCAUAGGAAGAGGCUGCGUAAAACCCCAGGCCCGCAAAGUGGAGCGCAUCAGGGAAUGGCCCCGACCCUUGACGAAAAAGUAAGUAAAAUCAUUUAU